GAAAAAAAAAUCUUCCCUUAUCACGAAGUCAAUCAUUUAGCAAUGACAUCCUCAUUCUACGAGGAAUAUUCUUGGUUCCAGUAUAGAUCCACAGCCAAGAAUGAAUCGCUCUGGCAAAAUCACCAGAAUAGUAAUUUUGACUUGCUAAGAAGAGAGGAAGAGGACCCAUAGCAUGGAAAAACUAAACGCAAUGCUUGAGUGAGAUUGUUUGUGUGAUUUAGAUUGAGGUGUGUGUAUUGGAUUAUAGAAAAUCUAGAAAAACAAAAAAACCUAGGUUUUGUGGUUGAAGUUUAUGCAUAAUUGAAUUAUAUCUAACCUCAAUCACAACCUUAAUCAUCAAAAUAAACACACGUGUUACGUGUGUUUGUUUUUGUGGUUACAAAGAACAGAUCAAAUCACAGUGUCUUUAUUGGCGAAGAAAGAGGGAGAGAGGAGUUGACUGGAAGGAAGCUGAGGCCAAAAACAUGCCUUCAACUUGCUCAGGCUUUGGUUUUGGCUUUGCUCCAAUCUUAUUUCUAUCACUCGUAGUUGCAUGUGCUGCGAGGCCUAUCUAUCCUCUCCCUAGUAAAGUAAGCCAUGGUAAUAGACUGCCUCUACAGACUUCUCGACCGUAUAAUAUUGCUCAUCGAGGAUCAAAUGGAGAGAUUCCUGAAGAAACUUCUGCUGCAUACAUGAGAGCCAUUGAAGAGGGAGCUGACUUCAUAGAAACCGAUAUCCUGUCCUCCAAAGAUGGGGUUCUUAUAUGCUUCCAUGAUGUUACCCUUGAUGACACAACUGACAUUGCAGAUCAUAAGGAGUUUGCAAAUCGUAAAAGAACCUAUGUCGUUCAAGGGGUCAACACCACUGGCUUCUUCACCGUUGAUUUCACUUUGACAGAACUGAAGUUGUUACGUGUGAAGCAGAGGUAUAGUUUCCGGGAUCAACAAUAUAAUGGAAUGUUUCCUAUUAUCACUUUCGAAGAAUUCAUAUCAAUUGCACUGGAUGCACCAAGAGUUGUUGGAAUAUAUCCAGAGAUUAAGAAUCCGAUUCUCAUAAACCAGCAUGUGAAAUGGCCUGAUGGUAAGAAAUUUGAGGACAAGUUUGUGGGGAUACUUAAGAAGUACGGAUACAGGGGUUCAUAUAUGUCUGAAAAUUGGCUGAAACAGCCAUUGUUUAUCCAGUCUUUCGCUCCAACUUCACUUGUAUAUAUAUCAAAUCUGACAGACUCGCCCAAAAUCUUCCUGAUUGAUGAUGUUACCAUUCCAACUCAAGACACUAAUCAGUCAUAUUGGGAAAUCACUUCCGAUGCUUAUCUAGACUACAUCAAGGACUAUGUGGUGGGUAUUGGACCUUGGAAGGAUACGAUAGUUCCUGUAGGGAAAAAUUAUUUGCAAAUACCCUCAAAUCUUGUUGCUAGAGCACAUGCCCAUGAUCUACAGGUGCACCCUUACACUUACAGAAAUGAGAACAAAUUCUUACACUUCGACUUCCACCAAGACCCAUAUGAGGAAUAUGAUUAUUGGUUAAACAAUAUACGAGUUGAUGGACUCUUUACAGACUUCACAGGCAGCCUCCAUAAUUUUCAGGAAUGGACUUCUCCUCUCUCCAAGGAUGGUGGUGACGACAACAGUGCAUCAAAGCUAUUGCAUAAAAUAGCUUUGUUAAUCUCGUCAUAUAAAAAUUGACGAGAUCCGAAUGUAUCACCUUUUAAUUCCUUGUUAAAUAAAUUUGAAUUCAUUGAAUUCAAUUAAUAAUCUGUUACAAUUUGUAUGUUUAGAAUAAAACAAUAAACCUUUGAAUUUAAAUAUAUUGUUUUGUUCAAAAUAUCUGUAGAAAUGAAUUGAAUUAUCAAUCUAAAUUAUUUUGUCUUUAA